GACCAGAGAGAGAGAGAGAGAGAGAGAGAGACGCUCGAAGAAAGAGAGAAGAGAGAGAAAGAGAGAGUGAGUCUCUCUCUCUCCUCGUCGGCUAGCGUGUCAAAAAAAACCCCACUCUCUUCUUCUUCUUUCUCCUCUACAGGCACGCCUUCCUGCAAACCCAUGAAUCAAGAUUGCGGUGGUUGUUGGUGAAGGUGUGUGGACUGGUUGAGUCCCGAGAAUGCCUUUGUAUAAGAGAAAACCUUUUGCUCUGGUCGAAAGGCCCAAGGAUUUGGAGCCCCACGAGCUCGUUUUUCAAGUUCGGUUCACCAAAGAGAUUUUUAGGGAUUAUGGUGAAUACUUGAAUCGGAUAAAUCUAUAUCGCCAGAGAGUUUGGACAUGUAAAGUUACUGCAAAGACUAACUUGACCUAUGAAGAGGCAUUGGUGUCGGAGAAACGGGCGACGGAAAAGGUUCAACAGUUCCCCAAAGAAUUGGUGGCGCCUGUGCUGCGUGAUGUCCAAUUCAGCAUGCUCACGUUAAAAGAUCUUGUAAACAAAAUUGCCACAAAGUUGCAGGAGAAUGUGUCAGAGGGUACUGAGUUAUAUGGAAAGAGGAAUAGUCGUGUAUAUCCUUGCAAAAUAAUAAAAGUUAUAGUGGAAGAGGCUGACAAAACCCAAUAUGAGGUAGUGUGGCUUGACAACGAUAAAAAAAUAACUGGAAAUGCUGUAGUGAAUGGAGAAGAUUUGGUACGGAAGAAACUGCCUUUUACUAGAGAUGUUCUCAAGUCUUUUAUUAGAGAAUCAACAUAUCGAAGUGUCCCUUGGGUGCUCCAUGAUAAAUUGGCAAGGAAGCAUGGAAUCUCAAUUGAUCCUCCUGAAGAGUUGAGAAGCAAAUUUUCCUUCCAGGAUGGACGUGUAGUCAACAAUAGGAAGAGAAGUAGAAAUGAGGAAGAUAGACAGAAUACGGGGGAAAGAAAUAAAGAAGAGCUCAGAAAAUGUAAACGAAAGAAAUUGGGGAAGGAAAAAUCAGAAGGCUUGAUCUCUGAGGAAAAUACUGAGAAAGAAGACCACCGAACGGACGAGCUCAUUAAAUAUCCAAUUGAUGAUCUAUUAGUGCAACCUGCUGUGGAUGAUCCAGUUUUCACUGAACGCCCUUCUCUGUCAAGGGACUUCAAUGUUCCCAUGAAUUGUGUGGGGGAUCUUUUAAUGGUUUGGGAUUUCUGUUCUUCUUUUAGCAGCCUAUUGCACUUGUGGCCGUUCUCCCUUGCAGAUUUUGAAAAUGCUCUGUGCCACAAAGACAGUAAUCUGGUCCUUAUUGUAGAAACUCAUUCAGCUGUUCUCCGCAUGCUUAUAAAGGAUAACAGGAACUAUACUACGACUAUAGAGAAGAAAAAAAGGAAGCCAAAGAUUACAUUAGUCACUUGGACGGAGUAUUUGUGUGAUUUCUUAGAAAUGGUUGAUGUUGCUGAGCUAUCCACUUACGUAUCAACCAUUAAGCGGGGUCAUUAUGGCCUUCUGGAUGUUAAUGCUAAAUUAGGAAUUCUACGAGAAUUGGUUGCUCAAGCCCUUACUACAGAUUUUGUUAGGGAGAAGUUGGAUGAGUAUAUUGAACAGCAGCAAGUACUUGCAGCCAAGAGAAGGGAGGAAGCAUUGGAGGAAGGAAGAAAAAAGAGAGAAGAUAAAGAACGUCUGAAGGCAGAGUCUGAUAGCAAGGAAAUCACAAAAGGGCGUAAUGUAGAGUCUGCAGGAAGCAGCUUAAAUGCACUAGUGAAUGGCAAUCACAGUAGGGAGAAUGGAGAUAUUGCAGAUAAAUGGAAGCAAGUAGACACCGAGGAGAAAAGGUAUGGGAAGCAACAGAAGAUGGAAGCUAAAGCUCCAGUAGAAAAUACAAAAGAUUCAGCUAGGAAGGGAGCUCAAAAAAUGACUACUGAUGACAGAAUGGGUGCAAAGCAAAAAAGGAGUAAAGAACAGAGGAAAGAAUAUAUUGAACGUGAGAUGGAGAAAAGAUUCAUACGCACCAAUAGCUUGGGGAAAGACAGAUAUUAUAACAGGUAUUGGUUUUUUAAACGUGAUGGGAGAAUAUUUGUUGAGAGUUCAGACUCAGCAGAGUGGGGCUAUUACAAUACGAAGGAAGAGCUCGACGCCUUUAUGGGCUCACUGAACCGAAAAGGUGAGCGAGAGAGGGCACUUAAGAAACAGCUGGACAAGUACUACGAUAGAAUAUGCUUGAAAUUGCACAAGAGAUCGAAGGAGGUAGCUCGAGAGAUUGCAAUGGAUGAGGCUGUUCUUCGGAGGUCAACUCGUGUUCGUGCCCCGCCUAGGGACAACCCUGCUGUUGCUUUCCUUAGGUACGUUAACAAGUGGAAGGAAGACUAAGACUAAUUGCUCUUCAUUAUAAUCUCAAAAGUGGUGUUUUAUAUUGGCUGCAAUUUAACUAUUACUGGGAUAUAGGAGAAAAGAUUUUUUUUUUAAUUAUUUUGGAGCAAUUGAAGAGCCUGUUCAUUAUUUCUUUAGUCGAAUACCCGGGUGGAUAGAGGGGCCAUGGUGGGGUGGAGCCCAAUUUUUUGGUUUUUUUCCCAGCCCCCCUAAUGACAAUCGUCGCGUGUAAUUGUGAUUGAGGCUCGAAUUUUGUAAGUGACCUAGUUCGGCAUUAGAAAAAUAGACUGGCAUAUAGUUGCCGAAUUUUGUUCCAUAUGCUAUAUUUUUUACAUUUUCAUAUUAUACAGAUUUAUUUGUUCAA